UGUACCUGAUUUCUUUUGGAAAUCUGACUUCUUGGCGCGCUACGAUCUCAUCUGGAUUUUAGAUAUGGAGCUACCCACUCUUCCUCCAGACGCUCUUGGUGAUUUUAACGAGCGCUACUCCUUCUCCAUAACUCCUUUCAAUGUUACGUUCUCUGAGGAUCUGCUGCGCGUGCCAUCAAAGAGCAACGAGACCGACGAGGCUGCAACAAGGAACACUACAAGUCUCAUCAUCGCAGUUUGUAUCACGGCUCUCUACUCUCUCAUCUGUGUGGUGGGACUUCUGGGAAACCUGCUUGUAAUGUACGGGGUGGUUAGGUACACCAAAAUGAAGACCGCCACGAACAUCUACAUCUUCAACCUGGCUCUCGCCGACGCUCUCGCCACCAGCACCCUCCCGUUCCAGAGCGCCAAGUACCUGAUGAGCACAUGGCCCUUUGGGGAGGCGCUGUGUAAAGUGGUCAUCGCCAUCGACUACUACAACAUGUUCACCAGCAUCUUCACGCUCACCAUGAUGAGUGUGGACCGCUACAUCGCUGUCUGUCAUCCGGUGAGAGCCCUGGACUUCCGCACGCCCGCCAAAGCCAAGCUUAUCAACGUCUGCAUCUGGAUCCUCUCCUCUGCUGUUGGAGUCCCUGUGAUGAUCAUGGCUGUUACCAAGGUGACAGAAAAAGGAACCACUGCCUGCAUGCUCAGAUUCCCCAAACCUGAGCGGUACUGGGACACAGUGAUGAAAAUCUGCGUGUUCAUCUUCGCCUUCGUGGUUCCUGUCCUGGUCAUCACCAUCUGCUACGGUCUGAUGAUCCUGCGGCUCAAGAGCGUUCGUCUGCUCUCGGGCUCCAAAGAGAAGGACAGGAACCUGCGCCGGAUCACCCGCAUGGUCCUGGUGGUCGUGGCAGCCUUCAUCAUCUGCUGGACCCCCAUCCACAUCUUCAUCAUCGUGAAGACAAUGGUGGAAAUUGACCACAAGAACCUCCUAGUGAUGGCCAGCUGGCAUCUGUGCAUCGCGCUGGGCUACACCAACAGCAGUCUCAACCCCGUGCUGUACGCCUUCUUGGAUGAGAACUUCAAAAGGUGCUUCAGGGAUUUCUGCCUGCCCUAUCGCUCCCGUCUGGAACAGAACAGCUUCUCCAGAGCACGCAAUAGCACAAGGGAGCCUGUGUCUGUUUGUGCUCGUGCGAUGACAGAGAGACCGCCGGCCUGACUAGGCAUGGGUCAGUGGAGGGGGGGGGCAGUUCAGGAUGACCUCCAGACUGAGGUCACACAGUUUUCCACCACAGGAGUCUGAGUCUGCAGAUGCAGGCUUUUGACCUACCAUGUAUGUACAUUACCAACUGUGUCAAUAUCCCAAUAGUUUUGUGACACAGAAUUCUUUCAGGAUUGUCUUUUCAGGAUGAUCACAAACAUGCCUGUGUGUGCCUGUGUAUAAGGAAAGGGAUUCAAAUGUACAUAUCUUCUUGAACUGUGUAUAAAGCAAAAUAACAAUGCAACCAUGUAAGCAAAGACAUACAGUGCAGCCAGAACGUAUUGGCAUAGAGAUGUGUUUUUCAUUGCUUUGGUUCUACUUCUGCACAAUAAAACAAGUGCUUAUUGUAAGGGGUUUGUAGGUCUUCACAUCCAUAUUAGGUGAACAAUGUAGGGCUCAUAGCCCUGUGUAUACAAAGUCCCACAAUGACCAGAUUAUCAGCAAGGACACUGAUCCUAAACACAAAGUCAAGGCCACCAAGGACUCUUUUUAUGGCCAAACAGUGGCCGAUGUUUGAUUGGCCGAGUCAGUCACCUGACCUCAAUCUAACAUAAUCAUAGACUUCACUUGAUGAAGACCAGGCUGACUCCAAAAAUCCCCUGUAGCAGUGAGAAGUGAUGGUGGCUGCAGCACAGACUUGGCAGAGUGUCAACAAGGAAGAUACUGCUGGGCUGCAAUUUUGGCCACUUGUGGGCUGCAAACACAACACUGACAUAUUAUAACAUUUCAACUUGAAAUAACAAACUGUUUCGGCCUGCAAUGACUCCUGACAUAAAUAGCUGGCUCUUCAGCUAGUAAAUGCUCCACUGUGUUCACCAACUGUUUCUGUCUACUGUUUGGUACUGAGCAGGUACAGUUCAGUGGGUUUUUAAAACAGCAGUGGGUGAACAGGGACAACACUCUUUGAGCAGUGAGAGUGAACCAAAACAUUAAAGUUGCAGGCCCUAAAACCAAAACAAUUAGCUUAAAGACACUAUAAUGCUUCUUACAGCUGAGGGGAACUGCAGAGUGGAGUAAUUAUUGUCUGUGGAUUUGUCACUAUGAGCGACUCCUGUUACAUUACACAUAGUCAUUUGACCCAUUGUUAAUAUAAAAAUAUUUCAUAUAGCAACUUUAAAAGCUGGAUUUGCUUUAAGUCAGGAAUUUAAUUUCACAUCCAGUGUGCUGAGCCAACUCAAUGGAAAAUGUUCCUCUGUCUUAAUACUUUCUGAAUGCACUAUAUAUCUAGACUGGUAAUAGUAUUGUAUUGUAUUGUCACUCAACCAUAUUGGGAAGGUAAUGAGAAUCCAAAAAUGUGAAUGAAAGACAAAGGGCACAAAUAAUUAAAAAUAAUUUCAAAGGAAGUGAAAUUCUAUAUGACUAUGGCAACAUCCAUCACAUUUGUCAUGGGAGAUGCUCAUGAAAAACAUCAAAUAACAUGAAAAUAAGGCCUUCAUGAUUAAGCCGAGAUGACUGGCGCUUCCAGGAUAUCACCGUUCAGCUGACUCAUUGUUUCCACUCCUCUAGCAGUUAGGCUGCUCUGUUCUUUUGCACAACUAAAACAUUCAGCUGACAGUAGACUGAGGAGCUGAAGGGGAAAGCGGGGCCACUGUUUCAACUCAGAGUUGUGACUGAAUGACUUCAAACUGGCAUGGAGGCAAGUCUGAAUGGGAUCAAAAGCAUUAGCAAGUAACAAGAAGCUUCCUACGCAUAUUACAGCUAAUGGACUCUUUUCCAUUGAUGAUCAUCGGACACUUUCAGGAGGAGAUUAAAGUGAGGAAGACAUGUUUUGCACAUUUUGGGAGUGCAGUCAAAUUGAUGCCUCUCAUCUUGCCACUGCAGCAAUGCAGUUUUGCUUAAAAAGGCACCUACAGUAUAUAUAUCAAGUGUAAAGAGAAUAUUGUUCUGUAACAGCAAAUUAAGUGACAAUGUGGUGUACUUUGUUUCAAUGUGCUGUCAAGCUGUUGUAACAUUAAGCUUCACUUGUAACCAGUUAGUGAAAAUAAACUAUGUAUUUACACUAAGUGCUAUAAAUGUUAGGUGAAGCAUUUUAAAUCUUAAAAAAAAAAAAGAUUGUUCCGGUCUCCUGUCUGGACUAUCUCUAACGUUUUUUUAAAACGUUUUAAAAAAAAAAUCUCCAUCACUGUAAGAAUUUGCAAAUGUUUUCUGCAGUGUGGGCAAAACUAUGUUUAACUGAAUGGAAAUAUCUACCGUAAUGCCUUAUUCAGCAUUAUGUUUGAUUCUUUUUUGUAAAUAGUAAAUUGUUUUGUAGAGUAAGGUUCUGAAUCUUUAAAUGUUUUUGUUUGUUGUGUUUCAGCAGAUCCAGUAUAUAAAGUACUUUACUGUAUAGAACUGCUUUUGAAAACAUGAGGUCUUAUGGAAUAAGUUGUAUCUUUCAAGUGCUUUUAAUUGAAAUAUUGUUGUAAAUAACUUUCAGUUUUAAUCCAAUAUUUAGAUUUCUGUGCUUGUUAUUACAGCUGUUGUUCACAUUUAUACUCUUUGUAAAAGCCAGUGAGGCCUCAUGGAGUUAGACAUGUAAUUUGUUGGUACAAUCAAAAAUGAAUUAUUGAUUAGGGGGAAUGUUGAUGACCCCAUCAACCAAGGGCCUCUGACCUAGAAGCCUGAGCUGGUGGUCAGAGGCCACCGGUCACAGGUACAAAUCAGACAUGUUUAAAGUGUGUGUGUAAAUGUAAGUGACUAAAUGAAAGCACAAUAUGAAAUAAGUCAGGGGUUAUACUGGGGCUUCUGGCCACCAGAUGCCCUGGAGAAUUAGCUCAUUUUACAGUGUAUCACUCGUAAUGUAAAUAAAUAAAUAAAUAAUAAUAAAUAAUGUAAAUCAG